GUAUGUGAUAAAACUACAUUCACUCAUGUUACAUUAUAAAACUAAGUAAUAGAGUACUAAAAAUGAGACUUCUAUUCCACUUAAUUUUUUCCAAUUAAAUUUUCUUCAAAAAAAGAGUAAUAAAUCAGGGACCGCUAGUAAUACGGAGUAUUAUUCGUACGUACUAGUUGGAAAGAAUGACUGAGUUUUGGAGUAGUAUUUAUUUAGAUGGUCCCCUUUUACAAUUAAGACAGUUUUGAUUCUUAUUGAAGCGAAAAGGGCUGAAAUAGGAUAACAUUAAUUAUAUCUGUAGCAGAAAGAGACCAACUUUCUUCACCUUCAAAUAAUCAGUUGAUUUAGAUUGAAUUGGAUGCCCUCUGUCUCACACACAUAUACAACUAUUAUUAGCAGUUUACAAAUUAGAAGAUCACAGCUUCUUUUGAAACCAAAUAUAAAAACUCUCUAUAUGUACAAUUAUGACAAAUAUUUAAUAAAAAUAGCGAGUAAAAUCACGAUUUAUUACUGUUUAAUGCUCAUCUCGAAAAAAAAAAUACAUAGUCUACUUUCUAAACAAACUAUAUGUUGACCAUAAAUUUGUGAUAUAGAUGAGAUGCAAGCUUAAUCACCAAUUACAAAUCACAAAGUCUACAUCUUCAAUUUCCCUAUUUUUUCCUCUAGAAAGUCUUAAUCAAUAUUAUUCCAAUUCUAGUAUGAGAGGCAUUCUUGUGGAUGGAGAUGCUUUAAUAAUGAAAAGGACUAAAUCAAAUAACCGAAAGAAAACAACUGGAGUUUGGUUGUCAUAUUCAUAUUCCUUCGUAAUUACGAAAUUAGUAAUUAUAUUUGUCUCAGUUUUAUGACACUUGAGUCAUUUUUUAGUUAUGAAAUUUAAGAAAUUAUCAUUUAGUUAAAAUAUAAAAGAAAAUAAAGUAGGAGAAAGAACAAAGAAUGAAAUAGGAGAGCAACAAAGUAAGUAAAUUUGAAUAUGUUAUUUUUGCUAUAAAUGAAAAUUAUUCAAAUAACAUGAGAUUAAAUAAGUACUCCUAGUAUUUUGUAUAGCCUAAAUUGACAAAAAAAAAUUACAAAAGAAGGUUGACCGAAUUCUGAUCAAUACUGCAACUUUCAAUAUCGGUCAAUUAUAUUAUAAAUUUAAUAUGAGUCGAGAUUCCUAUGCAGAUGGAUUAAAAUGAAAAAAUGUUAGUAACUCUUAUUCACCAACGAAAGGAAUAAAAAAAAACAAAAUAUUCAACUGCGUAAACCAAGUCAUAUAAAACAACUAACCAAUCAUAUUUUUAAUUUUUCAGUAUGCACCGUCACAUUAAAAAGUUUAGACAAUUUUUGGUUAUUAAAUAUGAGAAAAUAUCAAAAUUUUAUAAAUGGGAGUAAUUUUCUAAAAUACAAGAUUGACAAUUUACCAUUAUGUAUAUUUAGGGUAGUAAAUAUUAAAUGGUGGUGUAGUCUGGUUUGCACGUGCUCAUGGGGACUCACAUCUGCCCAUUCGCCAUUAACCACUUUGCUUCAACUCCAUUCUUCGCAUUAAAAUCACAUAUCCCUUUGCCAUUGCCACCUCUCUCUCUUUCUCUCUCAUCUCUUCCCCCAUUUUCUUGCACGGCACCAGUAGCAGCAGCACCUCCACUCUUUUUACAGAACUAACAGAAAAAUCAAAGAUCCCACAAAUCAAGAUUCAAUUUUUACCUCAAAUUCCCGAUCCAAAACGCAAUCAGAGAAACGGAUGGAAGCGGUGCAUGAAGACGGCGGAGAAGGCGGCAUGCAGUGCGCCAGACACCCCUUCCGCCACAGCAGCCCCUCCGGCGGCAUCUGCGCCUCCUGCCUCCAAGAAAAGCUCGGAAAACUCGUCUCCUCCUCCUACGCCGUCGCCGUCUUCCCCUCCUCCUCCGCCUCCUCCUCCCCUUCUUCCAGAUCUGCCGCCGCCGCCGCCGCAGACUCCUCCUCCGGUAGCAGUCGGAAGCUGCCCUUCGCCUCGAAGAAGAAGUGCAAGGAGGAGAGGAGCUCGGAGAUGGUGUUUAAGCGGAGCAAGUCCACCGCCACUCCCAGGAGAGGAGGCCUCCAUUUCUUCGACCAAGACUACAAGACUCCCACCAAGAGAAGGUUCUGGAAGUUUCUCCACUAUUCCAAGCAUCCCACUUCAAGAAAGGCCGACAAACAUGUAAAAAAUCUAAACUUCUCAUCUCCCACCACCGAGGGAGAGAGAAAAAGAGAUGAAUUUGUAGCUGUGGACGAUAAUGAGACCACAUUUGAUAGAAAAGUUUCAAGAUCCAGAUCUGUGGGGUGUGGGAGUAGGAGCUUCUCUGGUGAUUUCUUUGAGAGGAUUUCCACAGGCUUUGGUGAUUGUACCUUGCGAAGAGUUGAGUCUCAGAGAGAAGGGAAGCCGAAGAUGAAGCAAUCUGAUUGCAGUAGGCAGAGGGCUAGAUGUGGUGGGAUCUUUGGGGGAUUUGGGUUGACUUCAUCUUCAUCCUCUUCACAUCUGAUUGCAGCUUCAGACAGAGGUGGGAAAUCAAUGGUGGGACUGGGACAUCUCUCUCAUGGGAGGACCAAGAGUUGGGGUUGGGCUUUGGCAAGUCCAAUGAGGGCAUUUGGGAAGAGUUCUGCUGUGAAAAGGGGUGAUGUUUCAGCCAAGAAUGCAGCUCCUAACUUGGCUGCUAUUCCCUCUCUCUUGGCUGUGGGUGGCUGAGGAGAGAGAGGGAGAGAUGAUUAAGUUUGAUGAGUAUGUUAGAAGAUAGUAUACCUUAAAUUAUUACUACUACAUUCUUGGUUGAUGCUUGGUUAUUGCUCUGUUUUUCAUCCAUGGUUUUGAGAUGUUUGGAUGAUUGUUGAAUGCUUGGUUAUUGCUAUGUUUUCAUAUCAUCCAUGGUUUUGAGAUGUUUGGAUGAUUGUUGGUUUGAUUACUCUAGUGUUGUGUAGUUUAUCUUGGUCAUCUUUGUAUGAUGGUAACUUGGUAAGUGUAAUGUGGUGGUCAAAUAUUGGGAAUAAAUAUAUACUCCUAUAUUUACCUUU